CAAAUAAGGUGAAUAAAACAGAAAAUCAUAACCUAUCACCGUUAGUCCCCGCUCACCAAUUCAUCAUUUGUUGUUUGAUUCAAUUUAUUUAUGUUCAUAAAUAUGUUGAUGCUCUUACCCAGCAAUUCAAUGCCUUCAUCAGCUUCCUAGUUGUGGACGCGGAAGAACUGGGAAUUCUCCCUCCUUCUCCUCCUCUUCCUCGUCAUUCAUCAUCACCUUGUUGUCGUUCUUUUACUCUGAACAUGGGUUCUCGAUGUUCCAAACAAAUUGAACGGAGAAAGAAAAUCCGAACAGAGAAGAAAUCUCUGGCUGAUCUCAAAGUCUCCGGCGAAGACUACCCGGGCGCUGAUUUUCACCCACAGGAUAGAAAAAACUGGAUGUCUGAGCUCAACCCGGAGAAAGUUCAUAUCAACAAGAUUGUGUGGCCAGGAACUCACGAUUCUGCGACUAACAAAAUAGGAAUCCCUCUCAUCACUCGUCCUUUCGCUGGAUGCCAAUCCCUAUCGAUCUACCAACAGCUCGUCAUGGGGACCCGGCUCCUCGACAUCCGGAUCGAGAAGAACCGACGGGUCUGCCACGGAAUACUCACCAGUUACAGCGUCGACGUCGUGAUCAACGACGUCAAGAAGUUCCUAUCGGAAACCCAAUCAGAGAUCAUAAUCCUGGAGAUCCGAACGGAGUUCGGGCACGAAGACCCCCCUGAAUUCGACAAGUACUUGAUCGAUCAGCUGGGCGAGUUCCUGAUCCACCAGGACGAUCACGUGUUUCAGAAGACUAUAGCGGAAGUGUUGCCCAAGAGGAUUAUAUGUGUUUGGAAGCCGAGAAAAUCAGCUCAUCCGGGAGCGGGAAGUCCGCUGUGGAGUGCAGGGUAUUUGAAGGAUAACUGGAUCGAGACUGAUUUGCCAUCGACGAAAUUCGAGAGCAAUUUGAAGCACCUGGGGGACCAGCCGGCGGCGGCGUCGAGGAAGUACUUUUACAGGGUGGAGAAUACGGUGACGCCGGUGGCGGAUAACCCAGUGGUGUGCGUGAAACCAGUGACGAGAAGGAUCCACGCCUAUAACAGAUUGUUUAUAUCGCAGUGUUAUUCCAAGGGAAUUGGAGACAGACUACAGGUAUUUUCUACGGAUUUCACAGAUGAGGAUUUUGUGGAUGCUUGUGUUGGCCUUACUCAUGCAAGGGUUCAAGGGAAAGCCUGAAUCUCGUUUAGUUUUGGAAUUUCAUUUCUACUCUCUCAUUAUUCUGCAUAUCUGCGUAAUGCUUGCAACAUGGUGCCGCCAGUCUCAGUUCAUUAUGGUUUUUGUUUCUGCAGUGCUGUGUACAUGUCUCACGUCUUUUGGUUUUUCUUUGUAAAUUGUAAUGUGAUUAUCACACCGGUCUGGGUUACUUGUGGCUUGUAAAUUUAUUUAUUUUAGUCCACUGUGGGCUCCCAUAAAACCUAUGUUAUGAUGUUGUGAAUUUUGUUUAUUUAUUCAAGUUGAUGAAUUCGAAAGUUCUCAUA